CCUCCACCUUCUCUCUGUCUCUCACUUCGCCCUCUGUUAUCCUCCUGGCACAGCUACGCCGUCGCCACCACUGACUCCUCUUACGCCUCCGAUAGGACCACUAGCACCACCAGCAACGCCCGAUCUUUGGGACCGAUGCAAAAAAAGAUCUACUCAGCAGAAGCUCAACGUUCUCAACGAGACAACAUUGGACGUACAAAGUGAGGAGCUACAGUUUUUGUCAGAUUUGGGAACGUUACGGUUUAAGAACUUCAAGACCCAGGGCUGCACAUCCGACAGUCUGCCCACCGGAACUCACGUGAUUCACCAUCGAGAAUUGCAAAUGUAACUGGCGGUGAAGGUGCAACGUGGAGAAUGGCAUCCUGGAGACCCCGAGACCCAGAGACCCAGAGACCCGGAGACCCAGAGAGCAGUCUCCGCCCUUGUUCGACAAGACUCGCACGCAAAUACUAUCUUCUCGGAUUCGGUCUGCUACCCUCUCAUCCCUCUUUCGAGUCUGCCAGUCCACGUGUGCGUUCGUGCACGCGCGUUAUGGAUCCGAAUAUUAAGCCAUUCUCCUUUGGUGAAAUCAGGGCAUCUCGCUCGACAGGCACGAUAGGGAGGUCGGCUGAUCGUUAGGACUGUGCCCGCUUACAGUGAAAAAGAAAAGGGGAAAAGAUAGAUAAGAAGAAAGAAAAAUGUAUCGUGCAUCGCAAGUGCAUCUGCUAUUAACCGUGAGUGUGGAUUAUCGCAAUCAAGUACAUUAUAGAUAGGAACAUAGAAGAAGAGGGUUGACUUUUGUACGGUUCGCUGGCUGGAUGGCUGGAUUGCUAGCUAGCUGGAGGAUAUGCCAGGUUGACGGCUGGUGGUAGUCGAAUAUCGAGCGGCGCGUGGUAGUCAGGGCGCGUGCUCUGGAGCGGGUUUACUAGUGAAGGUGAGGGAUAGAGGAAAAGAGACAAGGGGACAGAACGGUGGUGGGUGCAAGUGAGAUAAAAGGAUUGAGGAUAGUCGAGUAAGGGGAGCACCGGUUGUACAAGGGGGUGCUUAGUUGCCCCAGUGUGCAGCGGGCGGGCAUCGCGGCGGGGGCGCCGUUCAGCUGCUGCUGCUGCUGCUGCUGCUGCUGCUGCUGCUCCUGCUCCUGCUCCAGCACCUGUUCCUCCUGCUACUACUACUACUACUACUACUACUACUACUACUAAUUCCAAUACUACUAUUGCUACCACUACUACUACUACUACUAGUGCUACAGCUACUGUUAUUGUUACUACUGCGACGUAACAACGACGACGACGAGGACGGCGACUACUUGGACGAUCAGGCCGACGACAACGACAACGACGGCCGGGACGUGUAAAAGAACUGUGCGAGCAUCCAGUAGUUAAAUAAAGUCGUGUGCCGUUAGAGGCUGCCUAGGAGAGAGGCAGCUCAGAGACCAGUGCCAUAAUCUCGUGGAGGAGAUAACGACUCUAGGGUAAGAUUAAGUGCGGGAUAGAGAGAAGGUGACAGAGGCUGUGCGUGACAGAAGAGAAAGAAGAGUCAGAGCAAGAAGAACGUGGAGGAGGAAAAGAUGAAGCAGAGAGGAAAAUAAGUGGAGAGACCAGAGUCCUAGAGCGGCGGCAUGCUCGCCCGGGGGCUGCUACUCGGGCUGCUGCUGGCAACCCCUCAGGGCUGGGCCCAUCGUCCAGCCCCCAGCAACACCAUUCUUCUCGUGUCAACGGGAACCAACAACAACAACAUCACGGAGGAUCCCAACAGUGGCCAGGAGGAUGGUAUCGACGUUGAUAACAAAACUGCGUCCCCGGAGCAGCGACCGUUGUUCCCCAGGGACCUAUUCGAACGAGAGCAACUAAGACGAGGUGCCGUGAUACUACACGUACUCGGGGUUAUUUAUAUGUUCGUCGCCCUGGCCAUCGUUUGCGACGAGUUCUUCGUACCGUCUCUCGACGUGAUCAUCGAGAAGCUCGAGAUCGCCGACGAUGUUGCUGGCGCGACAUUCAUGGCCGCCGGCGGUUCCGCCCCGGAACUAUUCACCUCGAUUAUCGGUGUCUUCGUUUCCUUCGACGACGUCGGCGUCGGUACCAUCGUCGGUUCCGCUGUAUUCAACAUCCUCUUCGUGAUCGGGAUGUGCGCUAUAUUCUCGAGGACCGUACUGUCGCUCACGUGGUGGCCCCUCUUCAGGGACUGCACCUUCUACAGCGCCAGUCUUCUCACCCUCAUAUACUUCUUCAGCGACAACUACAUAUAUUGGUACGAGGCUCUCGUCCUGUUUUGCUUCUAUCUCGCCUACGUCAGCUUCAUGAAGUGGAACCAGCCCAUGGAGAAGCUCGUCAAGCGGAUACUCUAUAGGAAUAAGGUCACCAGAGUCAGAUCGACCGACCAGCUCAUGCCCUUGCACCAGAGCGCUGCCCAGGCAUUGCAGCAUCCGAACGCGACCAACAGUAGCGAGACCAGUGUGGGCGGUGUAUCAGGGGCGUGCGGCAGUAGCGGAGUACCCGCGGCCGCUGAGGCUGGCUGCAGUAGUAGCAGGGGUGGAAGUAGUAGCGGCCAGGCUGGCGAACACGGGACUCUCUCAGGUCCAGUUCAUUCAACGAGGGAAAGCCACGCCAAAUUCAGGCAUGGCCUUCUACAGCUGAUGAUCCACACGAUCGAUCCUCUCCACGACGGUCAGUCCCGCGCCGGCAAGGUGGACGAGAAAGCGACGCAGCUACACGCGAUAGCCUCAUUGAAGGUUCUACUAGACGCCACGAACCCCCAUAAUGGCGCUGCAAGUUCAACAGCGGCACAAUACUCAGGCUCCAAGGAGACUGCUCUACAGCUUCAGCAGGGCUCACAGUUUACCACCAUGAGCUCCAGCACCACCGCCACUGUCACUGGUACAGGAAUCGUCACCACCACCGCGACUAGUGCGAUCAACAGCAAUACCAUCAACGUCACUGGCAACCCCAAUGCUGGUAAUGCCGCUGCUAUUCAGGAACUUCCAAAUGGUGGUAUCAAUUCCGGAAUGGACGCCGGCCUUGAAUCGGGCGAGGAGGACGAGCUACCAGAGGCUCUGGACAUGGGCUGGCCAAACAACAACAGAAAAAGGCUCACCUAUGUACUUGUGGCGCCGAUACUCUUUCCUCUCUGGUUGACACUACCAGAUACGCGCACACCCAGAGGCAAGAAGUUCUUCGUCGUGACAUUCUUAGGAUCCAUUUUCUGGAUCGCUGGGUACUCGUACCUGAUGGUCUGGUGGGCGAACGUCACGGCCCAGACGAUUGAUAUCCCAGCGGAAGUGAUGGGUCUGACAUUCUUAGCAGCCGGAACAAGCAUCCCCGAUCUCAUAACGAGCGUAAUCGUCGCGCGAAAGGGAUUCGGCGACAUGGCAGUAUCCAGUUCAGUGGGCAGUAACAUAUUCGACGUGACUGUUGGACUUCCGGUACCGUGGCUUCUCUACGGCCUGAUCUACGGUCGACCCGUCAAGGUGAGUUCCAUGGGGAUGGUCUGCAGCAUAGCAAUCCUCUUCUGCAUGCUGCUCUUCGUCAUCAUCAGUAUCGCCUGCUUCAAGUGGCGAAUGAAUAAGGGCCUCGGAUUCACCAUGUUCCUCCUGUACUUUGUCUUCGUUGCCGUAUCGCUCAUGUUCGAAUACCAGUUGCUGGUGUGUCCCGUCUAGUCGAAAAUCUCCAACCAUAUUAGAAAAGUCGAGAACGUUCAACUGCGUGACGAUUACCUCGUCUUCGUUCCAUCAUGCACAACGACGCGCAAUACCGUUUAACGUCUGUACAUAUUGUGUAUACAUCUCUUCGAACCUAGCCGACCGAAGUUAAUUACUCGUUAUUGUUAGAUCCAUCUUCAAGAAAAGAAAAAGAAAAGUAUUGUCGCGUCUUGUCGGAGGAUAAUCGAACCUUCGUCGGACGCGACCACGUACCGCUCAGCCAGUCCCAUUGGCAGACGAGAAUGCUUGUGCGCAUGCGCGAGGGUUUACGAACGCGCGCGCGCAUGCGCACUGCCGUCUUCUCCCACGAGUUGCUGCGCCGUAAACGACACCGCCAUUAGUCAAACGGUACUAGUGUACUCGAGAACCGCCCAGUAGCUGGACUUAAACGUUAGCGCGUCGCUUGUCGUUCGCAUGAAGUUAUUAUUCUACGGAUUAUUAUAGCUUUAAGCAGAAUUCCGACCCCGUCGGGCGUCAUACCUUGGACAUAUCACGAGGUCGACGCUGCGAUCAGUCCGCGCAUGUUACUGCUAGGUGAUGUUGCGUUAUCGUUAUCGUUAACCGUUGUUACUUGAACACAGCGAGAGAGAGACUUUGAUUGAAAGUGCGACUCGCCCUGUAUCAUAUCAUAUAUAUACAUAUUACUUCAAGUUAUUAUUUACUAUAAAUAGUAGAUACUAUAUAUAUAUAUAGGACACUAGUACCUAAUGAUACACGUGACACAAGAGACAUACACACACACUCACACACGCAUACUAUUAUUAAAUACUAUAUACAAAUAUUAUACAUUACAUACGGGAUGUGUGUGCGUGCGUGUGUGAUUGCGAGUGCGUUAGAAAGAUUUAGCGGUCUCGAUAAAUAUCGAUUAAUCCACAUAUCUCGAUUGUCGUCGAUCGGAGAGAAAGGAAUGUCGAGGAAGAACGAGAGUGACAUAGGCACCUUAAUUACAGACACGAUUAAACGAACGUUCCACGUUUAAACGAACAUGCAUCCACUUAUACGAGAGUUGCGUGAUCGAUAGUCUGGAAGCGUUUAAAUGCGGCCUAGCUUUUUAUCGGGUAAACCAACAAGAUGCGUUCCCAUCGACUUGUACGAUGAGCGAUACUUAAUGCAAUGUAAAGGCUCCACGUGAGAAAGAAUACCCGGCUUUUUUGGAUGUCCCGAGUGGGACGUAUUAGGGAUGUCGUGAGCUAUUCUUUAUUUUUGUUUUCUAUCCUGUCACUUCACCAUCACCUAAAAACUUUACCUAACGACUCUUUCUCUGCCUCGACACUUCGUAUCUCUUCCAGGGAUACCUGUACCAGCAUCUUGCUACCUCUGUCGUCGUCUGAUAACAUUUAUACAGCGCCAUCUCGCGUCGUGUCUUACGAAACACGACACGACCCUUUCGCUCUAUUUCUAAUGUAUUUACUCCAGUUACUCCAAUCGUUCUACUUCUCCAAUUUUGAUGUUCGUCAUCAAGUGCACUGAUUCUCCGAUGGGACGAUGGCACACGUAAGGGCGCACUCACAAGUAAAGCGCAUAUCUUUAUGUCCUUCCAGUAACUUUUUAUUCGCGGAGGAAUUUCUCAUUUGACUUUUCGUCGCCGGGUCCUACGGUGAAGACUCGGCCGAUAAUUUUUAAUCACCAUAUCUAAGCGCCUAUACUAGAUUACUAUAUAGAAUAUAGAAGUACUUGCAUAUAGCGUUUGACAGACGCGUAUACGUACCUUGAUGUAUAUACGCGCUUCGAUGAAUACAUGACAUAUUUACAGACACGCGCACACAUACACAUACGUGGACACAUAUGGGAACCAUUGGUAUAUGAGAGAGAGAGAGAGAGAGAGAGAGAGAGAGAGAGAGAGAGAGAGGCGGGGAUGGGGGAGAGAAAAGAGAGAGAGAGAGAGAGUGACAGUGAAUUAAAUUAGCAAAUUAUGCGCAAUACGAUCUUCCCGAUGUUUAAUCACGAAGAUGAAGUUUAUGAAGCGUCUGGAGUGAUUAGGAUGAUGUAUGAGUGAAGGAGAGAGAGAGGUAUAUGGGUAAUGAUGAUUAAAAGAAACGAAAAAUGAUGGUAGAGGACAAUGAUGACAUUUAUGAAUUAGACUUUAGUCAGGAAUGAUCUACUCGCGAUCGAGCCAUCGCUUUUAAGUGAUCUCCAAGUAACGUUUACAUAUCUAGGAUCUAGAUGGACCGAGUCCGGGAUCACGAAUCUCGGAUUCCCGUCGCGCUAACGAAUCUUAUGGGUUAGGGUGUUUUGGCAAUUGGCUUAGUGAAAUUUUAACGUGAAAGGUCAGAAAAAUCGUGAAACCGGGUGAAAUUAUUAAUUUUUAUCAAUUAUUUCUAUACAUAUCAAUACAUUUUUGGGAAUCCGAGGAGACGUGCCCUACUCCCGUUCGUACUUUGUACUUUGUAUUUUAGAUAAACAAGUGUGUAUAUGCGCGUGUGUGCGUGAGAGCGAGAGAGAGGGAGAGAGAAGAUGGAUACAGAGAGACACAAUGAAAAGUAGUGAGAGGUAAGAUACGGAAGGGAUGAUAAAAUGUCGUAGGAGACUGGAGUAUGAAUUAAUUUGAAAAAAAAAAAAUUAAUAACCACGAAAAAAAAGAAAUGUGCGAUUCGCCCUUAAAGAGGUGCGAACAGAUAAAUUAUUGUAGAUACGCGAGAGCGACUAUUAUUAUGUUGUUAGAUCGUUGAUAAAUAUCGGCGGCUCGCAGAGUCUGCCGAUCCCCUUUUUGUAUUCGUACGGUACGUGACUCUGCGCGUGAACCCCCCCUACGAGUCCCCUUUUGAGAAGGGCAAAAGAAAUGAAGAGCGAAAGAAAAAAUGAUAAUGAAUCAUAGAAAAAAUAAGAAAUUCAUAUCACUAGCGUGAUAACCGUGUUUUUAAAUUACUAGCCAAUUUUUUACGUUCAGUCAUACGUCUGGCGAUCGAAGUUCGUAGAGACGAUAAUUAUGACGUGGAUGUUGACGAUUUCUAAAUAAGUAUUUAAAUAUAUUCAUGUAACUCGAAUAUUUACAUAGCGUCGAUUCGUGUAACAAUGCAGAUUUGUUAUCGACCACGUAAUUCUCGUUUCAUAAUCAAAUUGUUACACGCUGCUCGCAAGGCUAAGUCGAUUAUAGAUAUUUUAGAGGUUAUGACGAUACAUUAUCGUUAAAGGUGGCUUCACAAUAAAACGCGUACUACGCUCAUCACGUUAUGUUUUCGUUGGUAAACCCAUUUAUUAUUGACACGGUCUCUUAUUCAUUGUCUCGUUCGCUGUAUGGAUUACAUUGGAGGGCUCAGGUUGACAACGACAAGACACGACGAACGCACAUAUCAGACAGAGAGAAAGAGUGAGAGAAAGAAUGAAAGUGAGAGUGAGAGUGAAAAGAGAGAGGCGAUGAAAACUUAUAUGAUUAAUGGGAAGAGAAGGAAAAAACAAAUGAGUUAACGGUAUUACUAGCGAAAUAAUAAUUAAGGUCCUAGAUAAACGUGUUUCUAGGUGCAUUUAUGCUCGCCGGUUAACCUACCACGU